AUGUCUCCGUGCCGCCUUGCCGCACUGCUCACUGUCAAACCAAUUUGUGGCGUUGAACUGGGUUUCACAGUGCAGGGCCGCGUGGGCGGCGCGCCUCCAAGACACGUGCGAUUGACGGAGGGCGUUCUUUCUGUUCCAGGACCGGGCCCGCGCGACCCGCCCCACCCGCCGCACAGCACGCCCCAGCGGACACCAUCACACCAGGUCGACGUCUGCGUACAGGCCGACCUCCGCGGCGCAGAGCCGCUCUCGUACGAGUCGGAGGAUGAGAGCUGCGCGAUGGGCCGGCGCACGGGCUCACGGCGCUCGCGGCGCCCCCUGCACGGCGGCGGCGCGCACUACUCCAAGCAGGACAUCCGCGAGCAGUACUGCAUCACGGACAAGCAGCUCAUCGGCCUGGAGCGGAGGGGCAACCAGGGCAUCUUCGGAUGCCUGUCCUACGAAAACUCGCCGUGCGGGGCGAGCAAGUCGUCGCUGCUGUCGGUGUGCAUGCGGCGCAAGGUGCCGAGCGACGAGAACCUCCACGAGAUCGCGCCCCUGCCGCGGUGGUCGCGCUACGCCAGCGCGGCGGCGCGGGACGACCUCAUGGGCGGCCCCGGCGGCAUGGGCAGCACCAUCCGGCGCCGGCCGCGCUCCGUGUGCACCGUGGGGCCGACGGGGCCGGCGGGCAUGGCCGGCCAGGACCCCAAGCGCUACACCUGGGCCGCCGAGGACGAGGAGGCCACCCCGCGGAUGGAACGCGCGCGGUCCGUGCGGCAGGACGGCGACUACGGCAGCAUGGUGGACAUCGACAGCGGGUCGCGCUACAUGAGCUACAGCACCGAGUACCUGUCCGGGCCGCCGCAGCAGAACGGCGCCUGCCCCGCGCACCCACGACUGCCCCCGCCGCCACCACCGCCCGCGCAGCCCCCGCCGAGGAAGCACGUGAGCUUCGCGCGCUCGCACACGCUCACGUCCUUCGACGACGCCGUGGUCGGGCUGAACCGCGUGUCGGCGCGCAGCCAGGAACGGCUCAUCGACGGCAAGAAGCAGUCCGAGCUGCCCGACGGCAUCCUGCAGCAGUCCGCCCACCAGCAGCAGCAGCAACAACACCAGUUGCAACAGCAGCAGAUGCAGUUGCACCACCAACAGCAGCUACAGUUACAGCAGCAACAACAACAACAGCAGCAGCAACAGCAGCAGCAUCAGCACCAGCAGCACGUCGUGGUUGUCGAGAAGGUGAAGCGCGCCCCCAUGAAGACGCAGGCCACGCAGACGGAAGUGUGUCUCGGCCGGAGGCCUCUGCCCGCCAAUUUCCUGUCGCUCAGCCCGAAGACGGCCCUCAAGGUGAGAAUGCAGGGCGCCACGCCGCGGCCGCUGACGAAGAGCUACUCGGAGGCUGGCGGGCACUUCGACCUGCACGACGGCCAGGGUCGCCUCGGCGGCCUGGGCACCCCCGCGCCGCCCUACCCCUUCCACCUCGAGUCCGUGGACCUGGCGCACGAGCCGCUGCAGCGAACGCAGUCCGAGGAGCCGCCGCGGUCGCCCAGGCUCGUCUCCGCGCCGGGGCCCUUGCCUCGGCCCGCCCCUGCGCCGCCCCACGGCCCGCUGGGGCACCUGCCCCACAUGCCGCAGGGGCACAUGCAGCAGGGUCACAUGCAGCAGGGUCACGGACAGGGUCACAUUCCUCAAGGACACAGUCCGCAGGGCCACGGUCCCCAAGGCCACGGCCCGCACGGGCUUGUCCCUCAGACGCACAUUCCGCAGGGCCACGUUCCACAAGGACACAUUCCCCAGGGACCUCCCAGCCACAUGCCGCAAGGACACGCUAGCCAAGCGCACCACCCGCCCCAGACGCACCCCUCGCAGGGCCGGCCGCUGCAAGGCCACGGCCAGCCCUCACUCCCCGGACCAGGGUACCAGCAUCCACCGCAGUCCACUCCUGUCAAGGACGCCAGGCAACUAGCGACUCACGCUCAACGGGACCACCACGACCCCCGCGACGGAUGGGACCAACGGGACCCCCGCGACAGGGACCCCCUCGGCAGCAGGAGAAGCUCCAUGGUGAGGUUUCGUCGCAAGUGUUUAAACGAUGUUGUGUCUCCACUUGUUGACGUCAUCUUCACCAACCCGCAGGACAUCCUGGAGGCGCGCGACCUGGAGGACCGCCGCGCCACCAAGUACAAGGAGAUCCUGAUCGACUUCGAGCCGCAGCCGUGCGGCGCGCCGUGCGCGGGGCCCUGCCAAGGCCCGGCCGGCAGGCGGCGGCACAGCUUCCUCAGCAAUGCCAGCGACAACGAGAUCUUCAUCACCGACCCACCCAUGGGCGGGCCGCAGGACAUUUGCCACGAGUGUGUGCUGUCGGACCACUCGGAGCAGGACGAUGGCAUGGACGAGGACGACGUCGGUGACGUGGAGGACGACGAGGACGACGACGAGGAGGACGAGGACGGCGUGGUGCCGACGGGCAAGCUGAUGCAUCCUCGGCUGCGCAUGGUGGGCAUGGCGCAGUCCGACUCGCUGGAGGACGAGUUCCACGAGAACCUCAUCUACCGCGGCCUGCUGCGCAAGAAGAGCGUGUCGCUGGAGGACACGUCCACCGCGGACCCCGACCUCGCCGUCUUCUCCAGGGACCAGUUUCGACGCCAGUCGAAUCGCUUCGAGGGGCAGCAGGGCUCGGCGGCCGGCUCCUCCGACAGCAGGGCCUUGACGGCGAGGAGGGUGAACGGCAAGGCGGGGCCGGGCGGCAGGUCUUCGCCCUUCGCGUCCUCGGACUCGCUGGCCGACACGAACGGCAUCUGGAACGAGAGCCAAGCCACGGUGCUGCAGGCCGACUCCGACAACAACAGCGCCACGGACCAGAGCCCGCAGCAGCAGCAGCUGCAGCCGCAGUCCAUGCACAGCCUGCACCCGAGCUCGGCGGCGCUGACGCCGUCCUCGCGCAGGAAGCACAUGCUGAUGGUGCAGCACCAGCAGCGCUCCUCCAUCGACACCGAGGUCCUGGAGGAGGACCCCGAGCCGGGACAGCGCGUGCAGCCUCCCCAAGUAACCAUCACAGCCGCACGGGACCAGAGCCACAAGCAGACCAAGCCGCGGCGAGACGAGCAAGCCCAGCAAGUGCCUUCGGCCUUCAAGCCAACGUCAGCGGGAGGCUCCGAGCACGGGGACACCACGACGGAGGACUACGCCACCGCCACCGAGAACAACUCCGGCACGGACACGUCGUCGCGGCGCUCCGCCGGCCUCGUGGGGGACCACCAGGCCGGGGCGGCGGCGAGGAUGGAGCCGGUGAGGAACGGCGGCGGCAGCUCGUUCGAGAGCGCGUCCAGCCACUACAGCCUGUCCAGGGCCGACGACGUCUACGACGACCAGCAGUUGGUGCCCCUGGCGCCGGACGAGAGCUCCAGCGACGGCCAGACGCUGCGGGCCCAGCCUCUGGAGCCUCCGCCGGGACGCAGGUCAGCCACGCCCCUGAGCGCAGACGACAGCAGUAGUUGCGGCAGCUACAGCGUGGAGGGGAGCUCUGUGGACGCCAAGCACGCCAAGGAGGACUACGACCAAAGCCCCGCGCAGCAGAAGCUGCAGUACCAGAAGCAGCAGCUGGAGCAGCAGCAGAAGGAGAAGCUCCAGCAGCAAAUGCGCAAAAAGCAGCUGCGGGAGAAACUGCUCCGCGACCAGCAGCAGCAGCAACAGCAGCUUCAGCAGCAGCAGGCGCGCGACCUGCAGCAGCAGCUGCAGCAACAGCUGGAGAUCGAGGAGCAGAAGCUGCAGUUGCUGAAGCAGCAGCAGCUCCUCCAGGAGCAGCAGCAGCUGCAGCUGCAGCAGCACGAGCAGAAGCAGGCGCUGGCGGGCCGCAAGGCGCAGCACGCCCAGCUCAUCAAGCCGGGCUCCGUCUCGGACGAGGAGCACAGCGGCCACUGCUCGUCGUCCGGCUACUACGAGUCCCCCGCCGAGGACGACGACCACGAGCAAGUGCGGCGCACCAGGACGCGGCGCGACUGGACGGAGGAGGAGAGGCGGCGGGUGAAGCGCGGCUUCAAGCUGGACUUCGUGCCGGAGGGCGCGGCGGCGGCGGGCGUCUCGGCGGGCCGGGACGCCAACGGCAAGAGGACGCCGAACGGGCGCAGGGCCGCGGCCGACCGCCGCUCGCCGGGCAGGGUCCGGCGCUGGAGCGGCUCUGACAACGAGGCCGCCGAUGAGGCCAGGGGCACUGCUGCAGGGGCGGCGGCGUCUCGACGGAGAGGGUCCAUCCCCAUCCAGCGGAGCCCCGACGCCCUGGCCGUGGACGCGACCGUCACGGGCGGCGGCACGCUGCCCCGCGCCAACCGCCUCAGCCCCAACCGCUACGCCGGCGUGGGGUCCGGGUCCCCGGGCAGGCGGAUAGGCAAGCGGAAGAGUCAGGGCGCGGCCAGUCCGGAGGGCUCGGGGCUCAAGGCGCUGUCGGCGGAGUCCCUGCGGUCCGUCAGCCCGGGCAGCGACUCGGUGUUCUACAACGAGGGCCAGAGCCAGGUCGACCACGUGUGCCACCACUGCGGCCGGGAGGUGGCGGAGGGCGGCGAGGGCCACGACGCGGAAGCGCCCGGCCACCACCGCGGCCACCAGGGCCACCAGGGCCACCAGCCCGACAUCGUGCAGCCGCCGGCGGACUUCGCGGACUCCCCGAACGGCCACGGCGCCGGGGCGCUCUACAAGAAGGCGGACCAGCGCUUCCGCUCCGAGGAGCGAUCCCUCGACCGACGGCCGCACCGCUUCCACGGCGAGGGCACGCGCGCGCGCAGCGAGGAGCGCAUCCAGGGCGAGCGCCGCUCCAGGUUUCGGCAGCACGCUCGCUCCACGGACGCGAGCAUGGACGACCUGGAGCAGCGCGCGUCGGGCUCGUCCACCAGCGUGGCCAUGCGCAGCCCCGAGGGCCCGGAGGGCUCCACGUCGGACCCCGAGGACGAGGACGGCCACGUGUACGCGGACUCGUUCCGCGCGCACCACUGGAUCUUCAUCGGGGACUCGGAGGAGGCCAGGGGCUCCACCGAGUCCACGCUGUCCGAGCGCGACUUCCGCAACCGCUUCACGUACAUCACCCACCGCAUGGUGCACCGCAAGGUGGCUGGCGAGAUGUACCGCCGCCGCCUCGCGUCCGAGCCCAUCGACUGCGACAAGACGGUCAACGUGCGCCGCGGCUCGGGCGAGUUCGGGCUGCGCGUGCACGGUGCCAGGCCCGUCGUCGUGGCCUCCGUGGAGCCCGAGUCCCCCGCGCUCAGCUCCGGCCUCGAGGUGGGCGACAUCCUCAUCAGCGUCAACGGCGUCAACGUCCUGGAGGCGCCACACUCCGAGGUCAUCCGCAUCGCGCACGCAGGCUCGGAGCAGCUGCUGCUGGAGGUGGCGCGCACCUGCCACGUCCUCACCCCCACCGUGCGCGAGCCGGGGGCCCGCUCGCCGCUCUUCUCCGGGUACCUCUGGCGCCUCGGCUCCGGGGAGACGCGGUGGCUGCGGCGGUGGGUCGCCCUGCGCAAGGACAACUCGCUGUACUACUACAAGACUGACUCGGAGACGGACCCGCUCGGCGCGCUGCAGCUGUCGGGCUACACGGCGUCGCGGUGCUCGGAGGCGGGUCCCUCCGCCAGCCCGCACGCACACUGCUUCCGACUGACCAGGCCGCGCGGCCCGACGGCCACCUUCGCCGCGGACAACGAGGAGGCCGCCAUGCGCUGGCUGGCGGUGCUCGGCCACUCCAUCGAGAGGAACAACCACGCCGAGCAGUGGCUCGAGAUGAGCCGCUUCAACCUGCGGCUGGCGCCGUCCGCCGUGCUGCACCCCGACUGCAUCGGCUACCUGGAGUGGCUGGACCGGCGGUGGCGGUCGUGGCGGCGGCGCUACUGCGUGCUCAAGGACGCCUGCGUCUUCUACUACCGCAGCGGUGGCUCCGAUUCGGCCCUCGGCAUGGCGUGCCUCCACGGCUACCGGCUGCUGUCCACGACCAUCGCCGGCCGGCGCCACGUCUUCGAGAUGAUCCCCCCGCUGGUGCACCAGCGCCACUUCUUCUUCAGCACGGAGACGGAGAUGGACAAGAAGCGGUGGAUGUCUGCCGUGGAGUACUCCAUCCUGCGCUGGGUCAAAGUGGCCUAGGGCCUGAAGGCGCUGCUGGAAGGCUGCUGAAAGCCCGUUUUGGCGACUUCACCUUCGCCGCAGUCUUCGCAUGCAUAUCAUUGUUGAUUUGGAAGCAAGAGAUUUGUCCGUUUUCUAUGUUAAAAGGUAGAGUUAUUUUAAAACCUAUCGCUACAAUUCACGUACGAGAGACGAUUUUCUCAGUAACUUUAAUUCUCAGACUUGAUGCGUUUCGACUUAGAGGAUCAUAUCGUCGAUUAACGAAUAUGUACUUUACUAAAACGCCAUAUCGACAGAGUCUGAUUAUGAUAAGAAUGACAAAAUGGUGCGGACAGCCGCCUGCCAUCCGCCGGACACAGUUUUGUACGCACGAUAUCAUCGACUCUUUUUCCUGACCCUUCCUCUAUAGAACAAUCCCUCCACCAAAAUUAACUUGGAAAUUGGCGGCGUUUGUCCCACAUGGUGCUGCAUUGUGUUUAGGUAUAAGGAUCAGAAUAAGUGACUUUUUCAAUUGAAUUGGUUUUAUGAUAAUGAGUUACCUCCUAUUAGCGACAUUACAUUAAAAUCCACCAAGGAUUACAAUCCACCAAGGAUUACAACCUAGGGGCCAAUGAAUGCUUAUCAGGCUCAAAAAUGGCUCUUCCUUGUUAGAUCAAGGAAAUAUGACUGUCCCCAGCUGACCAAAAUAUUCAAAAACCAAAUAAAAUAAAGUUUUUCUUGACAUUUUGGUGUAGAAUUCCGAAUGGUACUAAGAGGCAAUGGCCUCCUCUAUUCUUUCUUUUUGUAAAUCCCCUUCAGUGGUGGUCUCUUGACCCGUCCCAGCCCGUCCACGAGGAACACACCAUGUGAUCCGCUGCACUCUUGGCACGUAAUAGUGCCCAUUUUCGGCGCAAGUUUGGUAAGAAACUGUUCAUUUGAUUCUUUUUGCCAAGAAAACAUUGCAAAAUGUUUUUUAAUGCAUUGAAAACAACGUAUUAGCAGACUGCUCGAUUCUGCUAAUUCUAAAUUUCAUUUUCACUGGCAAACAGUAAAUAAAACUACUUGUCCAAGAUUGUUUGGGUUAUUCUUAUAUUUAUUUGGGACAGAAUAAUGUGAAAUGUCAUGUUAGUGCUACUCACUCAUGAUCUUACGAAAUGUAAUUGAAUUAGUUAGUUCUAGAGUUGUUAAAAUAGAGGUGGAGGUUUGUCGCCUAUACGGGACAUAGAUUGCAGUUUAUGUUAAUACUGAUUGUUCAUGUUUGAAAAAUUUAUUUAAUUUAUGUAAAAAGUGUACAUGAUCCUGUAAAGAAACAAGAAUGAACUGUGAAAUAAGUACUUUCAAAUUGUUAACAAAGAACUGCCAAUAUUGUCAUUUGACUGCCAGACGACAUUUCAUUUAAUUCGUGCUCAAUAUUCAUUUGCCAGGUGAUAAAAAUCACUGUGGUCGCACACCUGAAGCACAAGCGUGAGACUGAAUUGUUCUUUGAGAGCUACCUUGUCGUAUACACCUUACAUACUCAGCGCAUACUUGCCACAAGGUAACUUGUGCGACGAGCAGUACUUUUGUAAACAAAUUUGAUGGAUUAUUAAAUUGAACAUUAACAAAUUUUGACCUUGAGUUCUUUUUCCUUUGAGUCAUUG